GAAUUAUCUUAAUCGUUUAUUCCGUAUAGACGCGAACAAAUUCGCGUAUAGUGCUGUGAUAUAAGACCACAAGCUAUAUAGCUAAUAGUCAUAAUCAGUGAUGCGAGCUAGCUACGUGAUGCAGAGAAGAUCGAUGCGGUAGUAGCAAGCGUUCUUCUCACCUGAGCACCACCACACCACCACCAUCUGCAGUUCGUCAGUGCAGUGCCUCCUCUAAUUUUGAGUGCAUCGUCGCCAUGUGCGAACAUAUGUUUUGGUUGUUACUUCUGCCAAAUAACUGUACUUUGCAAGAAUGAGGCGCCUGGCUUUGCAACUGAAUGAAUGGAUUUACUGCUCAUGAGUUCGCCCCAUCCAAAGACAGCCAUGAUAGCCAAUGCAAGCGCCCAGGCGUACACUAUACGCAACAUUUCCAUUCCGGGCCUUUUUGGAGACACAACGUGUGAUGUUUGGAAACAACCACAGCAUGUGCUAUUUCAACUGGCCAACACCUGCUUCUGCGUAUCCUAUUUAGCACCCAAUGGUCGUUAUGGGAUACUGUUUUUACACGCCCUUCUUAUUCUAGGUUUUCUGCUUAAUUCCACAUGGGCAUGGAAUGUGAUAUGUGCUCCAGACAUGUUCUCCUGGAGCUUCAGUUUCAUGAUACUCAACAUGGUGCAAACCAUGUUCCUUCUCUACACCAUGAGGCAAGUCAAGUUUCCACGGGAAUUGGAAGACAUCUAUGUCCUGAUGUUCCAGCCUUUGCAAGUACCACGACUGCUGUUCAAGAAAUUGGUGAGCUUGGAGUAUGCCCAAAUAUGUAACCUUCAUGCUGGAGAAGCUUAUGCCAUGCAAAACUUGACAAAGACAGAUCGCCUGGGACUCUUGAUCGCAGGAAAGGUCAGUGUGCUGACAGACCAUCAUUUUUUACAUUACAUACAUCCCCGUGAGUUUCUGGAUUCCCCUGAAUUUGAGUCUACUCGGUCAGGUGUUGAUGACAAAUUUAAGGUGUCCAUACUGGCUGUGACUCCUUGUCGAUACCUGUUCUGGCAGCGCUCCAACCUGGAGUACUUGCUCAUCAAGGAACCUCAGCUUGCAACGGUUGUGUCACUGCUGAUUGCUAGAGACAUCACUUCCAAGCUGUAUGCUAUGAACGAAAAGAUGAGCCAAGCCAACUCACUGAAAACAAAGGCGAAGGCAGCACCACUUGUCUGCUCACUGCAAACGAAGGCUUAUCUGCACGUAUGGAAUGUGCACAUUUUGGAUGACUUCAAGCUUUUUUGGGCAGGAAUACACAGGAAUUAAUAACGUUUAAGUAGAAGAAUGUGCAACAAGAUGUGUACAAAAUGAAUGCGACCAUGUUGAAGAUGGCAUUACCUUUUAUCUGGGCAGGGUGCUGAUUCUCAGCAACAACCAUUUCGCACUUGCUUUUCUGCCACAGCUACCUAGAGAAUAAAAUAGCAAUAAAAAAAGUUUUGUUGCCAUGUGUAGUUGUUGUAAAGAGGCAUAUUAUUUCUCUGCAGCUCAGCUGGCUAUUGUGUACCCACCACUUUAUUAUUAGCUUUCCUACGAUGCCUUUCAUUCAAUUUCAAUGCAUGUGAGUUAGAUAGCCACCUAAAAGUUU